GCUUCCUGACAUUUUGACAAAAAUUAGACUGAGUUCGAACCCUCGGCCCCAGCAAUUGAACUGAGAAGCAUCGAAAUCGAACUCUCAGCUUCCUCCCCUCCUUUCUUCUCGUCGGCGUCCGUUUUCUAAGGAUUUUUCACCCCUGUUCUCCGGCCAUCACAGCGGCGAUAUUCACAAGAUUUUCACUGGGGUUUUCGGCAGUUUCUCACCGUCUUUUAGAGAUCCUUCUCGUCGCCGUCCAUCGUCCACAUUGAUUCCGCUUCUGCAGAAUCAAUGAUAGCUUUCAGUGCACACUGUAGUAGUUUGGAUCAAUGAUAUCGGUCCCUGUAAAAGUUCACACUAACUUUUGGAUCUCUGCACCUUGAAAUAGGACCUUCAGCAAGGACUGGAUCUUGGUCUGGUGUCACCAGAAGUGGUACAGAACUUCUUUGAUCUGGAGCAAUAUCCCCUUAUUUCCAAACUUACUCAUUGCUUCCAGCGGGCGGUUUGUUAUUUUACUUGAUCAGCGGUGAUCGGUUGCUUUUGCAGCAGAAAACGGCGACUGGCGGUUUUUGCAGCGGUGACCAGCGUUUUUUCCUCUGUGUAAGUCCAACAUCAGCACACCAUCAUUACCGGAGAAGCAAGCUGGUUCCGAUAAUCUGCAAUGUAUGGGAUCUUCCGUAUGCCAUUCCGAUCCUGGAGACUGGUUCAUACAUGGUCUCAGGACGGCCCUAGUGAAACCCUGAAGACAAAAGUGGCCAAAAUGCAGAAGAUGAGGAAGAAGAAGAAUCCUAAGGACGAAUUCAUUGUCUAUGUCCCAGAGUCAAAGGCUUUUCUUGACACACUGACCAUGCCAAUGGUUCUCACUGCUGUAGCUGUUGCUCUCUUUGCUAAGGUCCUCAUGAUGUAUGAUGAAUCCAAAUCCCAAGAGAGGAUCGAGCGCAAGAUACGGAAUGCUCCUGCAGGUCAGGGUACUGUUAGGAUGCUUAGUCGUGAAGAAUGGGAUGAAAUCCAAGAAGUGAGGCCAAGGACUCCCUUCGAAUCCAAACUUGCCCGCCCAAAUGCACGCUUAAGAACUGGUGAACCAUUACAUUUGGAAGAUGUGAAGGAUUGGACCAUUGAUGUGCUCACUGAUGCAUUCACCAGGGCUGAAGAAACUGUAAGGAGUGCCAAAUGACCCAUGGUUAAGUUCUGUUUUACAUUUUGUAAAAUGGUUCCCCUCGAUGAAUUUUGAAAGCCCUUUUUCAAAGUCCGGGUUGGGAAAGAUAAUAAGGAGGUUGAGCCAGUGGCAUAAUGAUUUAAGUAUUUAACCGGUGGAAUGGAAAAUCAUCUGUUCAUUCACUGUAAUCUGGAAGAUUGUCAUUUGAGACAUCACAUGUAAUUAUAUAUAUACUGCCCAAUGGAGUUAAUUUUAGGCA